AUGCACGCCUUCGGGCCUGGUCUAGUCGCAGUUUUCGUUGGAGGAACUAGUGGCAUUGGCGAAUCCACGGCGCGGGCUUUUGUUCGACACGCUCUCUCGCCUCAUGUAUACCUCAUCGGACGAAAUGCCAAACAGGCAUCGAAGAUCAUCAAGGAGAUGCGCGAAUCUAAUUCGUCGGCAGAAGUGAGAUUUAUCAAGAAAGACAUUUCUCUCUUACGGGCUGUGGACGAGGCUUGCCGGGAGAUCCAGCCACCGAACGGCGUGAAUCUCCUAUUCUUAAGCUCUGGAAUAUCAAAAGGAGGAGAAGAGAUUAAUAAUGUAACAGAAACGGAAGAAGGGCUUAACAAAAAGCUCAGCCUUCAUUAUUACGCUCGCAUGCGAUUUGUCGUCAACUUGCUCCCGCAGUUAACAGCGGCUUCUCCUCGGCUUUCUAGAGUUGUCUCCGUUCUGGGGGCUGGAGGCGAAGGCCCAUUGAUUCUCGAUGACCUGUCUUUGAAGUCGAACUACUCCCUGCGCAACUGCUCCAAUCAUGCUAUCACAAUGACAUCCUUGGCAAUGGAGGAGCUUGCUCAGGCUCAUCCUUCGAUAUCUUUCAUCCACACGUACCCUGGGGUAGUUAACACCGGGCUGACACGGGAUCUAGGCUCGAUUGCUCAUAUGGGCGCAAAGGCCUUUCUUGCCCUCGCCUCACCCUGGGUGAUUCCCCUUGAAGAAAGUGGUGAGAGGCAUUUGUAUAUUUCAACAAGUGCGAACUACUUGCCCCAAUCGAGAAAGGGCGAUAAGCAUGCAGACAUUGAGCCUGCGAUGAACGCUUACUUUUUGGAUUCGUGUGGACUUGGGCGCCCCAAUUUGAAAAUCUUACGGGCUUAUCACGCGAAUGGUAUCUCAAAAAAGGUUAUGAAACAUACUAUGGGUGUCUUUGAUCGUGUUCUUUAA